UUUGUCGUGUUCUCUCUUUCAGCCCCGACAGCAGCCGUACAUCUUGCCUCCCAUGCACGUCCAGUGUGGGGAACACUACUCGGAAACGCAUACUUCACAAGACAGCAUUGUCCCCGGGAAUGAAGAAGCCUUAUACCGCAACUCUCACAACAGCCUGGACCUAAACUAUCUAAACGGCGCCGUCACCAAUGGCAGUGUGUGUAGUGCUCACAGCAUCAGCUCCCUCAGCUGCUCCCAGACGUUCAUCCAGGCCUCUCCCGUGUCCUCCAGCCUCAGUAUCCCGGGCAGUGACAUCAUGCGGGCGGACUACAUCCCUAGCCACCGGCACAGUGCCAUCAUCGUGCCAUCCUACCGGCCGACACCCGACUAUGAGACGGUCAUGCGGCAGAUGAAGAGGGGGGUCGUGCACGCGGACAGCCAGAGCCAGUCUCUGCGCAACCUCAACAUCAUCAACACGCAUGCCUACAACCAGCCAGAGGAUCUGGUGUACAGCCAGCCCGAGAUGCGGGAGAGGCACCCCUACACAGUCCCCUAUGGGCCCCAGGGAGGCUACGGUAACAAACUCGUCAGUCCAUCUGACCAGAUAAACCCAAAGAACAACAUGGUGCCCAGCAAGCCGGGGGCGAGUGCCAUCUCCCACACGGUGAGCACGCCGGAGCUGGCCAACAUGCAGCUGCAGGGCACCCCGAACUACAACACGGCCCAUAUGCUCAAAAACUAUCUCUUCAGGCCGCCACCCCCCUACCCGCGGCCACGCCCUGCCACCAGCACCCCGGACCUCGCCAGCCACCGGCACAGGUACGUCAGCGGCAGUAGCCCUGACCUGGUGACCCGCAAAGUGCAGCUCUCCGUGAAGACCUUCCAAGAGGACAGCUCCCCGGUGGUGCACCAGUCUCUCCAGGAGGUGAGCGAGCCCCUCACGGCCACCAAGCACCACGGCACGGUGAAUAAGCGGCACAGCCUGGAGGUGAUGAGCAGCAUGGUGCGGGGCAUGGAAGCCAUGACCCUGAAGUCGCUCAAUAUCCCCAUGGCUCGCCGAAACACCCUCCGGGAGCAGGGGCCCCCCGAGGAGGUGCCGGGGAGCCACGAGGCUCACCAGCUUCCCCAUUACCACCACAAGAAGACUUUCUCGGAUGCCACCAUGCUGAUCCACAGCAGUGAGAGCGAGGAGGAGGAGGAGGAGGAGGCCCCGGGAUCGGUGCCCCAGAUCCCCGUGCUCCGGGAGAAGAUGGGGUACAGUGCCCAGCUACAGGCAGCCUUGGCCCGGAUCCCAAACAAACCCCCACCCGAGUACCCUGGCCCAAGGAAAAGUGUUAGCAAUGGGGCGCUGAGGCAAGACCAGGUCAGCCUGCCUCCUGCCAUGGCCAGGGCCAGGGUCCUGAGACACGGGCCGGCCAAGGCCAUCAGUGUCUCCCGAGCUGACCAGCUGGCCGUGGCUGGGCCUUCCCUCGGUCCGUCCAUCUCUGAACCCGACCUGACGAGCGUGAAGGAGCGGGUCAAAAAAGAGCCUGUGAAGGAGAGACCCGUGUCCGAGAUGUUCUCCCUGGAAGACAGCAUUGUAGAGAGAGAGAUGGCCCUCAGGAAUCUAGAGAAGCAGAAGAUGGCAAGUCUGGAGGCGCAGAAGCGGCCGCUCAUGUUGGCAGCAUUGAAUGGACUCUCGGUUGCCCGGGUCUCAGGGCGGGAAGAGAGUCGAGCUGAUGCCACCCGAGUUCCCAUGGAUGAGAGGUUCAGAACCCUGAAGAAAAAGCUAGAAGAGGGAAUGGUGUUCACAGAAUACGAGCAGAUUCCAAAGAAGAAGGCGAACGGCAUUUUCAGCACGGCUGCUCUGCCCGAAAACGCCGAGCGAAGCCGCAUCCGCGAAGUGGUCCCCUAUGAGGAGAACAGAGUGGAGCUGAUCCCGACCAAAGAGAAUAACACAGGUUACAUUAAUGCCUCCCACAUCAAGGUGGUGGUUGGUGGGGCAGAAUGGCACUACAUAGCUACUCAGGGGCCCCUGCCACACACAUGUCAUGACUUCUGGCAGAUGGUGUGGGAGCAGGGAGCGAACGUGAUCGCCAUGGUCACUGCGGAAGAGGAAGGCGGAAGAACCAAGAGCCACCGAUACUGGCCCAAACUGGGUUCCAAGCAUAGCUCGGCCACCUACGGCAAGUUCAAGGUCACCACAAAGUUCCGAACAGAUUCCGGUUGCUAUGCAACCACAGGCUUGAAAGUCAAGCACCUUUUGUCUGGGCAGGAAAGGACGGUGUGGCAUUUGCAGUAUACGGACUGGCCAGAUCACGGCUGCCCAGAGGAUGUCCAGGGAUUUUUAUCCUACUUGGAGGAGAUCCAGUCGGUCCGGCGCCACACCAACUGCAUGCUGGAAGGCCCCCGGAGCCUGCACCCCCCGAUCGUUGUCCACUGCAGCGCGGGUGUGGGGCGGACCGGCGUGGUCAUCCUUUCUGAGCUGAUGAUCUACUGCCUGGAGCAUAAUGAGAAGGUGGAAGUGCCCAUGAUGCUGCGGCUCCUCAGGGAGCAAAGGAUGUUCAUGAUCCAGACCAUCGCUCAGUACAAGUUUGUCUACCAAGUCCUCAUCCAGUUCCUCCAAAACUCCAGACUCAUUUAACCCCCGACCCCAGCUACUGGAAGAGGGACCCAGCUCCAUCUUGCCGAUGGGGAGGCACCUCCAGACAACAUCUGCUCCCCCAGCAGGGCGCGGAUGGCCAGAGCGGGCAGGUCAUGGGCUCCCUGAAGACAGGAGCCAAGAUUAUUCACAAACAUCAUAUAUUAUUUUAUAUGAGAUAAUUUAUUUUUUUUUUUCCCCUUUUGGAUAACUUCUGUGAAUCACUGUAAUUCAGUUUUCACAAUAAUAUAGUACUUUUCAUUUGAACCAUA